GCGGCGGGAGAGCAGGCCGGGCUGCGGGGCCGGGGGGGGGGGGAGCUGUCUCUCCCGGUUCCGUUGCAGGCACGGAGCGGGGAAGAAAUGGCGAGUCUGAUCCCCGCAGCCGCCUCUUCUCCCGCCGGUGCCUCUUCCCGUAGUAAGAAACGCCCGGCGAGCCCAGGCACCGGCAGCGGCCCCACCAAGAAAAAGAAAGCCGCAGUGCCGGGCGGCUCGCAGAGCACAGGUGGAGAGGCCAUGAGUGAAAGCAAACUUCUGACCACAGACUCCAGCACAGGAUCAGUGGAAACAACUGCCAAGCCGUUACCAUUUAAAGAUCAACAUUUUGUUCAUUCCGGCAUCGGUGGAGCAGCAGCUGGCAAGAAGAACAGGACUUGGAAGAACCUGAAACAAAUUCUUGCUUCUGAAAGGGCAUUGCCAUGGCAACUAAAUGAUCCUAGCUAUUUUAAUAUCGAUGCUCCUCCAUCAUUUAAGCCUGCCAAGAAAUAUUCAGACAUUUCAGGACUUCUGGCAAAUUACACAGAUCCUCAGAGCAAGCUCAGAUUUAGUACCAUGGAAGAAUUUGCCUAUAUUCGGAUGCUCCCUUCAGAUGUGGUUACAGGAUACCUUGCUCUGAGGAAGGCAACAAGUAUUGUUUCCUGAAAAGACCCAAAUGUUGUGCAUUGCUUGUGAACAGUGCUGAUUUUGAGAAUCAUGAUGGAAACUGACUGCAGGACUGAGGUUCCUUAUGACUGUGCAUGGAUUUUUUACAUCUGGAAGAAGUGGAUGAUACAUGGAUUUCAAGGACAUCUGGAUUUCAUUUUGAUCAGUGCUGAUAUUUGUUAGUUUGCCAGUUGGUGAGCAAUUUGAUUUGUUUGAAAAGCAUAGCUUAGACCUAAAGGAUGUGUAUCUGCACUGUAAUGCCUGGGUGAUACUCAGUUUUGUAGAGGCAGGAUUUCCUCUACACCCUAUAUAUAUUAUGUGCUGCUCUGUCUCAAAAUAAACAGUCAUUUGAUUAAGGAAAAGGUACCAAGAGAUCUCAAAUCCUAAAUGUGCCUUGUCAGAUGAGCUGUCCACUUGGCUAUGAAGAGGUUUAUCCCCACCUGUAAAAUAAAGGUAAAUCACCUAGUAA